CCAUCGACGUGGUGGAGGGCAGUGCGAUGGAAGUCUUGCACAGCAUGCAGAACUUCCUGAGAGGACGACCCAAAUCCUUCAAAUCCAUCGAUCACGCCAUUGAAUGGAGUGUAAAGAGUGGGCAGAUCAGAAACCUUGAAUCUGCUAAAGUGUCAAUGGUGGGACAAGUGAGACGGUGUGAGGUGGAGGAAGGCGAUUCGGCCGAGCCGGUGAGUCCGGUGACUGAGAGCGUGGCCGAGGGGCACGAGGAGUUUUACGAUCUCAACUACGUGACGGAGAAAACAGAGAGCAGCGCAUCAGCAGAGCCAUGCAGCGUGUACAGCUGGAGAAUCGACCUGUCUAAAGCAGAGAAAUACUGGGAUGGCUGGUUCAGAGGGAUAUCGAACCUCUUUCUGUCCUGCAACGUCCCAAAACUCCUACUGCUGGCAGGCAUUGAUCGACUGGACAGAGACCUGACCAUUGGACAGAUGCAGGGUAAAUUCAUGAUGCAGGUGCUGCCCCCUUGUGGACACGCAGUGCAUGAGGACAUCCCAGAUAAAGUGGCAGAUGCUUUGGCAAGUUUUAUGAUCAGACACAAAUUUGCCGAAGCACGCAGUGAAACUAAAAGUUCUUCAUACCCGUUCAUGCGGUGAAAACACGAGAAUAAAGCAGAACAGGCCUGAACCUCCACCAGAUCAAAACAUCCUUCACAUCCAGCAAAAACAUGCUACUUUUGCCAUUAAAUUUCAACUGUCACUCUCCUGAGUUUAGAAUAAAGAUUUGGAUGUUCAUUAUUCAACCGUGUCGGAAUUUUUAGUUUAACUGAGAGGAAACAUUCAAAUAUUGAAAUGAGAUGGAAUCAUGUGACAACAUCAAAGGCAACAGAUG